GAUUUGAAGAUCUGUCCAAUUGCAUCAUCUCCGCUCGCCAAUGCCUUGCUGACCAUCGCGACUUCCGCAACCAGAGUAUUUCACGUGCAAGAGAGCUGUCAUCCCCAACACCACUCAAACCCACGACAAACGAUCGCUCGUUCACACAACAACCAACCAUGCCAGGCCCGAAACUUCAAACUAGCAUUGCCAUUGUUGGCUGCGGCGAUGUCGGCGCAACACUGGCCUACACACUCAUCCUGCAGCCUAUCUGCAGCGAAGUGAUUCUUGUCGACCCGAAGAAAGAGCUGUUAGAGGCACAAGUACGUGACCUGGGCGACGCGACAUAUCGCGGCGGCAGUGGAGUCAAAGUGCGCGCCGGCACGCACAAAGAUGCCGGACAAGCCGAUAUCGUAGUCAUCACGGCUGGAGCAAAGCAGAAGCCAGGCGAAACGCGCCUCUCGCUCCUAUCUCGUAAUCUGCAUAUUCUCUCGUCCAUCUUCAGCGCCAUGUCACCCAUCAGCCCACACACCAUCCUUCUGCUGGUCGCCAACCCCGUGGACAUCCUGACCUACUUCGCGCGCAAGCUCUCCGGACUCCCGGAAUCGCAGGUCCUAGGUACGGGGACGUCGCUCGAUUCUGCACGCUUGCGUGGCAUUCUGGCGCAGAAGACCGAGGUCGCGCCUAACAGCAUCGAUGCGUAUGUUUUGGGUGAGCACGGCGAUAGCCAGUUCAUUGCGUGGAGCAGUGCGAGUGUGGGGACUUCGUCGCUCAAGCUGGUUUUGGGCGAGAAGUUGAAUGAUGAUUUCAAGGCCGAGAUUGCGAGCCACACGAAGGGCGCUGCUGGGAGUAUCAUCGCAGCAAAGGGCUGUACUGCGUAUGGUAUCGGCAACAUAGCCGCGUCAAUCUGCAAGUACAUUCUCUUCGAUUCGCGCUCUGUGCGCCCUCUUUCUUUCUACCAGCCCGAGUUGGGCUGUUGCUUGUCGAUGCCUGCUAUCGUGGGUCGAAGGGGGAUUGUCAAGCCAAUGCCAAUCGAGCUCGAUGAGCAUGAGCAGGCCGAACUCGAGAAGUGUGCGCAUGGGCUGCGGGGUGUCAUUGAGGGCGCAGAGAAAGAGAUCGCUGCUGAUGAACAGCUCAAGAAAGCUUUGGAAGCAGACAUGGGUGUCUGAGCGAAUCUAGGUUCCAUGCAUCACGUGUGAUUUUGUAGGAGAGUUCAAUACACAUUGAAGGACAACUCAGAU